UCACCAUCAUCAUCAACGGAUAAAGAGCUCAAAACUUCAACUCUCCAAUGUUGGCAUCAGUCAUCAGCACCGCAUGGUUACUUCCAUGAACCAUCAUUUGGUCCCCAAGUACCCGUUUCUUCUUCUCUCUUGCAAUGGUCAUAAUCCUAAGCUCAGAUUCCACUCUUGUGGGCAGGUUGGAGCACAGAAGGGGUAUGCUUCUUCUGGGGAGGAACCUCAGUCGCGUGUUUCUGACACAAGUACAUACCAAGAGGAAUUCUCUUGGUCUUCUGUGGUUUUUCCGUUUCUAUUCCCAGCAUUGGGUGGCUUGUUAUUCGGUUAUGAUAUUGGUGCCACCUCAGGGGCCACAAUCUCACUGCAGUCACCUGAGCUUAGUGGCAUAACUUGGUUCAAUCUUUCGGCUAUUCAGCUUGGACUUGUGGUCAGUGGUUCCCUCUAUGGGGCUCUUCUUGGCUCACUUAUUGCAUAUGCCGUUGCUGAUUUCCUUGGGAGGAAGAGACAACUCAUUGUUGCAGCACUGUUAUAUGUGCUUGGCGGUUCGAUCACUGCGUAUGCACCAGAGCUCAAUGUCCUCUUAGCAGGAAGGCUGCUUUAUGGACUUGGUAUAGGUUUGGCCAUGCACGGUGCUCCUUUGUAUAUUGCGGAAACAUGUCCAUCACAAAUCCGUGGGACUCUAGUAUCAUUAAAAGAACUCUUCAUUGUCUUGGGGAUUCUGCUUGGUUAUUUUGUGGGAAGCUUUGAGAUUAAUGCCGUUGGGGGAUGGCGGUUUAUGUAUGGCUUUAGUGCUCCGAUUGCUGUACUAAUGGGGCUAGGAAUGUUGAGUCUCCCUCCCUCUCCGAGGUGGUUGCUUCUCAGGGCAGUUCAAGGGAAGGGUUCAUUUCAAGAUUUGAAGGAAAAGGCAAUUCUCUCCCUGAGUAAAUUAAGGGGCCGACCACCCGGCGACAAAGAAUCUGAGAAGCAAAUAGAAGAGAGCCUUGUUUCAUUGAAGUCUGCAUAUGCAGAUCAGGAAUCAGAAGGGAGUUUCUUGGAGGUGUUUCAGGGUGCCAAUCUGAAAGCUUUCAUAAUUGGUGGGGGGCUUGUCUUAUUUCAACAGAUAACUGGCCAACCAAGUGUUCUGUAUUAUGCAGGUCCAAUUCUUCAGAGUGCCGGAUUUUCUGCUGCAGCCGAUGCUACCAAAGUUUCAGUUGUUAUUGGCUUAUUCAAGUUGCUAAUGACAUGGAUUGCUGUCUUAAAAGUUGAUGAUUUGGGGAGAAGGCCUCUUCUGAUUGGAGGUGUCACUGGCAUUGCCCUUUCUUUAGCUCUUCUUUCUGCUUAUUAUAAAUUUCUUGGAGGGUUCCCACUUAUUGCUGUCGCGGCUUUACUUCUUUAUGUUGGUAGCUAUCAGGUAUCAUUUGGCCCAAUAAGUUGGCUAAUGGUAUCAGAAAUUUUCCCAUUGCGCACGAGAGGACGGGGGAUCAGUCUGGCUGUUCUAACAAACUUUGCUUCAAAUGCAGUUGUGACCUUUGCAUUCUCUCCUUUAAAGGAGUUUCUAGGAGCAGAAAACCUUUUUCUCCUUUUUGGGGCUAUUGCUUUACUGUCACUUAUCUUUGUUAUAUCUUCAGUUCCCGAAACAAAAGGCUUGAGCCUAGAAGAUAUUGAGUCCAAAAUCUUGAAAUGAGUAAGUGACAGCUUAAACUAGCAUCUUGUAAUCCUAAUGGAAUAUAAUUUUGGAGCGCAUGUAAUGUAAUACAAUGUAUACAUCUCCCACUUGGAAUUCGUUGGCCAUGUAAAUAUGUUUUAUGGUGAGAAAAAUGGUAGUUUCCUUAUUGUUGCUCAUAA